CAGGUUCUUUUUUAAAAUAGGGCAGAUAGUUUUCGGGCUGGAGCCCAAUCUACAUGUCCAUCAACCUGAUAAACCCUAGAGAUGGCAGGCUCAGUGAUGCCGUCAAUGGCGCUCCCGCCGUCCACUAUAUGGUAUUCCACUCCGAAGUUUCAGAUUAAACUGUGUAAAUAUCAGAAUUCUCAAAUCCAAUGGGGUUCACUGUGCUGUGCCCAUCAUCACCAUCCCAAACUCCAGGGGAAAGUAAUGAUGACACAAAUGGGUGAACCAAAUAAGGUGAGCUUGCAAAUGGGUAUUAUUAAGGAGAGGUUAUGGAAAGUGGUUCCUGAGUCGGUGAAAGAUUUUCCAUGGAAGAAGGCCGAGACUGUAGUUUUAAAGAAAAUGGUUCUUCUUGGACACAAGGCAUUGAAGUGGUCACUUGUUGCAUUGUUCAUUUUUAACCUUUUACCAGAUGCUUUAUUUUCCAUUUCCCAAAACCAAGAAUUGGUGAUGCCAUUGGGUCUGGCUGUUGGCUGUUUUCUGUCUGACUUCUUGAGGGAUACGUUACAGGAAUUGUUUAGCAGAUCAGAGGGAGUAGGUUUGCAGCAGCAUCUUUUGAGCAUCGGUUUCUUCUUUGCUCUUGUAAAGUUUAUGUCUGCAUAUUUUUCACUUCCAACGAGAGUAUUUCUAUUGCAUGUUGCCAACGGUGGUUUAAUGCAAGUUUUGUGGCAGUGGAGAAAUUUAGUGGAAAAAAAUGAUGAUGGCAAUGGAGUGAAUUCCAUCUCUAACCAAGAUGCCUAAUUGGCCACAAAUGCUGAAUAUAGAUUCGGUUAGAUUUUUGCUGCUGUACAUUGAUCAUAUUUCAUCAAACUUUGCUGUGAUUCUGAGAAGUUGAAAUCUAGAAGUUUGAGUUUCUGCUUUGUACUUUGAUAACAUACUAUAUCUAUGUCUCUGCUGCUUCUUCCCAAGUGCAGGGUGACUAUUUUCUUUUUAUUUCUAUAAGAACCUCCAUCUUCUUUCACUGUGCCA